AUGGCGGACGCCGCAGCGGAGACCACCAUCAAGGUGGUGUGCCGUUUCAGGCCGCUUAACAGCGCGGAGGUGGCCCGGGGCGACAAGUACAUCCCCAAGUUUCAGGGAGAUGACUGUGUGCAGAUCGCGGGCAAACCAUACUACUUUGACCGUGUGUUCCAGUCCGAUACAACUCAGGUGCAGUUCUACAACGCUGUUGCUCAGAAGAUUGUCAAAGAUGUUCUGGAGGGCUACAAUGGGACUAUAUUUGCCUAUGGGCAGACAUCCUCGGGUAAAACACACACAAUGGAGGGGAAACUCCAUGACACAGAAAUGAUGGGAAUCAUUCCCAGAAUUGUUCAAGACAUCUUCAACUACAUUUAUUCCAUGGAUGAGAACCUGGAGUUUCACAUCAAAGUUUCAUAUUUUGAAAUCUACUUGGACAAAAUCAAGGACUUGUUGGAUGUAUCAAAGGUCAACCUCUCUGUACACGAGGAUAAAAACAGGGUGCCCUAUGUCAAGGGGUGUACCGAGCGUUUUGUGAGCUGUCCUGACGAGGUCAUGGACGCCAUCGAUGAAGGCAAAAACAACCGACAUGUGGCUGUCACAAACAUGAACGAGCACAGCUCCAGGAGUCACAGCAUCUUCCUCAUCAACAUCAAGCAGGAAAACUCUCAGACGGGACAGAAACUCACCGGCAAGCUGUACCUCGUCGAUCUGGCCGGGAGUGAAAAAGUGGGUAAAACAGGAGCAGAGGGCACGGUGCUGGAUGAAGCCAAGAUGAUCAACAAGUCCCUGUCUUCACUGGGAAAUGUCAUUUCAGCUCUGGCAGAGGGCUCGACCUAUGUACCAUACAGAGACAGUAAGAUGACCAGGAUCUUGCAGGACUCCCUAGGAGGAAACUGUCGGACCACCAUGGUCAUCUGCUGCUCACCCUCCGCUUUCAAUGAUGCUGAGACCAGAUCCACGCUGCUGUUUGGACAGAGGGCAAAGACCAUCAAGAACACGGUGUCUCUGAAUGUGGAGCUGACUGCAGAGCAGUGGAAGAAGAAGUGGGAGAAAGAGGAAAAGAACAAGACGCUGAGAAACACCGUCACCUGGCUAGAGGCCGAGCUCAACCGCUGGAGGAGCGGAGAGACCGUGCCAGUGGAGGAUCAGGUUGAUAAAGACAAGGUCACAGCGGAGGUCCAGGCCCUGGACAGCGCGCUCAACAACGAUAAGGGAGCGCCCACACCGGCCCUCAGCUCCCUCCCUGGGGUCCAACUCACAGAGGCAGAGAAAGAGAAGUACGGAGUAGACAUGGCCAGGCUUUACAAGGAGAUGGAUGACAAGGAUGAUGAGAUCAACCAGCUGUCUCAGUCGAUAGAGGCUCUGAAUCAACAGAUGUUGGACCAGGAGGAGCUCCUCGCCUGCUCCCGCCGUGAUCACGACACCCUGCAGACUGAACUGAACCGGCUGCUGGCAGAGAAUGAAGCCUCCAAGGAGGAGGUGAAGGAGGUGCUGCAGGCCUUGGAGGAACUGGCUGUCAACUACGACCAGAAGAGUCAGGAAGUUGAGGACAAGGCGCAAGAGUUUGAGGCUCUCAGCGAGGAGCUGAACGAGAAAUCGAGCUCCUUGGCCUCCAUCGACUCUGAGCUCCAGAAACUGAAGGAGAUGACCAACCACCAGAAGAAGAGGGUCACUGAGAUGAUGUCGUCCUUACUCAAAGACCUGGCUGAGAUCGGCAUCGCCGUGGGAAGCAACGACAUUAAGCAACAAGAGAGCAGCGGUCUCAUUGAUGAGGAAUUCACGAUGGCGCGUCUCUACAUCAGUAAGAUGAAGUCAGAGGUGAAGACGAUGGUGAAGCGCAGCAAACAGCUGGAGAGCUCCAAGGCCGAGAACACCCAGAAGAUGGAGGAGACGGAGAUGGAGCUGGUUGCCUGCCAGCUCCGUGUCUCCCAGCAUGAAGCUAAAAUCAAGUCCCUGACAGACAGCCUGCAGAAUGUGGAGCAGAAGAAAAGACAGCUGGAGGAAACUGUGGACUCUCUCAAUGAGGAGAUAGUCAGGAUCAAAGCUGAAGAGAGAGUCAACACCAUGGAGAAGGACAGUGAGAUCCAGUCUGCCAAUGAAGUCAAGGAAGCUGUGGAGAGGCAGAUCCAGUCUCACAGAGAGAUCCAUCAGAAGCAGAUCAGCAGCCUGAGAGACGAGCUGGACAACAAGGAGAAACUCAUAACGGAACUGCAGGAUCUGAACCAGAAGAUCAUGCUGGAGCAGGAGAGGCUGAGGGUGGAGCACGAGAGGCUCAAGGCUGCCGACCAGGAGAAGAGCCGCCAGCUGCAAGAGCUCACGGUGCUGCAGGACAGGCGGGAGCAGGCCAAACAGGACCUGAAGGGACUGGAGGAGACUGUGGCCCGAGAGCUGCAGACGCUUCACAACCUCAGGAGGCUUUUUGUCCAGGACUUGUCCGCUCGAGUUAAAAAGAAUGGUCAGACGGAUGACACAGAAAACAGCAGUGCUCAGAAACAGAAGAUCUGCUUCCUGGAGAACAACCUGGAGCAGCUUACCAGAGUUCACAAGCAGCUGCUACAGGACAACGCCGACCUUCGUGGUGAGCUGCCUAAACUGGAAAAGCGCCUGCGGGCCACUGCUGAGCGGGUCAAAGCCCUGGAGGCUGCACUGAAGGAGGCCAAAGAGAGCGCAGCCCGCGACCGAGAGCGCCACCAGCAGGAGAUGGAGCGCAUUAAGGACACUGCCAAGCCCAAAAACAUGGGCAGGAGAGCCUCUGCACAGAUAGCUAAGCCCAUCAGACCGGGCCAGCUGCCGGGAGCCCCUUUUGUGAACCCCAUCAUCAACAGGUCCAACCUCCUCAACAGCAGCAAACCGGACAGCAUCGACGAAGGAGGCAACAACAGCUGCUGAGGAUGGAGCAUAGUCUGCUAAACAACAUCCCCAAAACCCCAGAGAAGUUUUCAGCCCAAAAUAUUGAACUUUUACCUGGAACCACUGCAGCAUUCCUCCAACAUCAGCGUGUGUAUAUACUGUAAAUAAGUAUGGCAUGUACUUUAAACCUCGGGCUCUACAAGAAACCACAUUAGUGCCUCACAAAAUCAACACAUCAUCCACAAGUUGCUCUGCUGACAGCACCUUACUAAGUUAUUAGUCUAAACCGUGCCAACAUUAGAUGCCAGAUGGACCCCAAAACGUAAGACGCCAUUACGGUCAUGCUGUACAGUAAAGAGAAAGCACUGGCUCUGUUUCUCGAUGCUUUGCUCUCAACAUUUUCUCAGGGGAUUCCUUUGGUUUCAAGACAACUGCUUUUAUAAUUGUAUUUAUUAUCAACACCGGACACUCCUCUGCAUGUACUUCAUUGUCUUAAAGGGAACGUUUACCCCAAAAUCGAAAAUACAUACUUUUACUCUUA